CUAAAAACCCGGGUUGACCAUGAACGCAACUUUUAACUUUUAGGCCUACAUUUUAACUUCUGUCUAUCUAAUUGUGCCCUUGCCCUGCGGACAAUGAAUUUAAACCCAGACCUAAUAGGGUAGUGGCCUAGGCUACUACAUGGUGUGCUUGACGAAACACCUUCUAAACCUCGAAAGGGGAACUUGUAGGCCUAGGGUUUUUUGAAAUCGGCGUGCAUGAAUCUAAUGCAUUGCAGGUGUACGAGACAGUCAGGCUUGCGUUUCACGGUGUGACAUGAAACAACCAAUUGUUGUAAUUAUUUAUUUGGCAUUUAUGUCAGCCUUACUCAUGCGUUAUUUUUAUUACGCUGAAGGACACAAACCAGUUGUAAUUGUUCACGGACUGUUCGAUGGCCCAAGGCAAUUUGAAACCAUGAAGUUAUUCAUUACAAAGUCUCAUCCUGGUACUCCUGUUUACAUGAUUGACCUGUACAACUACAUAUUUAGCCUGGCGCCGCUAUGGAAACAGGUGGAGGGUGUGAAGCGUGCGGUCCUUCCCGUCAUGCAGGGCGCCUUAGAGGGAAUUCACCUCAUCUGUUUCUCCCAAGGUGGUCUUGUAUGCAGAGGCCUUCUUGCAACACUGGACAACCAUAACGUCCACUCCCUCAUACUUCUCUCCUCUCCUAUGGCUGGGCAAUAUGGAGACACUGCCUAUUUGAGGUACUUUUUCCCCAAGUUGCUGAAGUCAGAAGUUUUCCGCUUUUGCUACACUUCUGUGGGGCAAAAAGUUUCCAUCUGCAACUACUGGAAAGACCCACAUAACCGCGAUAAAUAUUUGAACGCAUCCAGUUUUCUGGCUCAGCUAAAUGGAGAGACUGCGCAUCAAAACAUCUCGAGGUGGCGUGACAAUUUGCUAUGUAUCAAGACUCUGGUAAUGAUUGGAGGCCCUGAUGAUGGAGUUAUCACUCCAUGGCAGUCCAGUCUGUUUGGUUUCUACGAUGAGAAUGAAAACAUUGUUGAAAUGAAGGAUCAGGAUUGGUUUGUGAAGGAUGUCUUUGGACUGAAGACUCUUUAUUUGCGGGGAGCUCUGAAGCAGUACAUCCAUUCUGGAGUCGCACACACCAAAUGGCAUUCAAAUUCCACUGUGUACUAUGAAAGUAUUGAUGAAUGGCUCACUUAAAACUUCAACGCCAUCAGUUUUAUCAGUUGUUGUCAAAUGUAGCAUAUGUUUAUUGCUCUUAGUGUAUUGUUCAAUAUUACCUCUUUCACUGUGAAGUUGAAGUUUGUUUAUGACACAAGUUGUUUUUUUUGUCUGUUUUAUACAUCCUCUUGACUUUUUUGUUUUGCCUUCAUGUUGAAUGAGAUGGAUUUCAAUCAAUAGGCGUCCAGUCAGAAGCUGUUCAAAGAAUUUUCCAAAUGGCUGUUUAAAAAUGGAAAAUAAUGGAUAUUUCAAAAUAAAAGUUUUUAAGCCUA